CUGCACAUGAAAGCAGGCUCUGUGAGUGUGCAGUCAACUUUCUUUACAGAGAAGUGGCACGCCGCUGCGAGCCUUUAAACUGCGCUUAACUUCUUCUGUUGCUCAACUUCGGGAAGUAUGAGGAUUUGUUGUUGAAGGAAUGCACGGAUUUGCUGUAUUUCCCUCCUCGGCAUAGUGUCGUGACUUCUGCCAAGCUUCGAGCAAACAGCAUUAUCCGGGGCUUUAUUUUAGGCGUGCAAUCGUCAGUAAACAUGCAGCAUGAUGUGCAGCUGCACCUCUAACCGUGUUUCGCUGUAUUGAAGGACGGUUUGCACGUCGUGCCUGUGCAGUGGCUACACGGGUCACCGCCGUGCGUAACGCUGGCUCUCCAUGGAGGACUGCUUGGAAAAGCCGCUCAUCACAACCCACACUUUAAGUCAGUGAGUGACCCUUUAAACAUGAUGAGUAUAGACCAGGACGGGAUAUCCCUACCGGUGCCCUGCUUCGGAGUUUGCAGAGAGAGCCACGGUGGGGAAAGCAGUGGAGGUGGAGGAGGUGGAGGGAUCCCCGCAGCUGGGACUUUCUGGCAGGACUCUGUGGUCACAAGCGGGGGUCUCAGCCCGACCCCAUGCAGCAACCCGAUGGAAGGAGGGGGCUUGCUGUCCACCGGGAAGUCAUGCAAAAGCAGGCCGGUGACGGUGGCCUAUGUGGUGAACGGAGAGGCGAGCCAGCAGAAUAACGCGGAGAGCAUGGCGCUGCAGUGCCUGAAGGACGCCUGCGAGACGUCGGGCAGCAAGCUGGAGACUGUGAACUUUGGGAAGCUGGACUUUGGGGAGACCACGGUGCUGGACAGCUUCUACAAUGCAGACAUCGCUGUGGUGGAGAUGACGGACGCUUUCCGGCAGCCCUCGCUCUUCUACCACCUGGGAGUGAGAGAGAGCUUCAGCAUGGCCAACAACAUCAUCCUGUACUGCGACACCAACUCCGACUCCCUCCAGUCUCUGCAGGAGAUAAUUUGCCAGAAGAACACUACUUGCUCAGCCAACUACACCUUCAUCCCCUACAUGGUGACGCCCCACAACAAGGUGUACUGCUGCGAGGGCAGCCUGAUGAAGGGCCUGACGGAGCUGAUGCAGCCCAGCUUCGAGAUGCUGCUGGGACCCAUCUGCAUGCCGCUGCUGGACCGCUUCAUCCAGCUGCUCAAAGUGUCCCAGUCAAACUCCCACCAAUAUUUCCGUGAGACGAUUCUGAAUGAGAUCAGAAAGGCUCGGGAGUUGUACACCGGCGUGGAGCUGGCCGCCGAACUGAACCGCAUCCAACAGCGACUGGACAACGUGGAGUGCCUUUCGGUCGACAUCGUCAUCAACCUGCUGCUCACGUACAGGGACAUCCAGGAUUAUGAGUCCAUCGUGAAGCUGGUGGAGACUCUGGAGAAGCUUCCAACCUUUGACCCCGUUGCUCAUCCACAUGUGAAGUUCCACUACGCCUUUGCACUGAACAGGAGGAAUUUGCCGGGCGACAGACAGAAGGCUCUGGACAUCAUGCUGCCUCUGGUGAAAGGCGAGGAGCAGGUCGCCUCGGACAUCUACUGCCUGGUGGGACGGAUCUAUAAGGACAUGUUCCUGGAGUCUCACUUCACCGACACGUCGAGCAGAGACAGCGGCACACAAUGGUUUAAAAAGGGGUUUGAGUCAGAGCCAACACUACACUCUGGGAUCAACUACGCUGUUCUCCUCCUGGCUGCAGGACACCAGUUUGACACGUCAUUCGAGCUCCGCAAAGUGGGAGUGAAGCUGAGCAGCCUGUUGGGGAAGAAAGGCAGUCUGGACAAGCUGCAGAGCUACUGGGACGUGGGCUUCUUCCUGGGCGCCAGCAUCCUGGCCUGCGACAACACCAGGGUCAUCCAGGCCUCGGAGAAACUUUUCAAACUCAAAGCCCCCAUCUGGUACCUGCGCUCACUGGUGGAGACUAUCCUCAUCUACCAGCAGUUUAAGAAACCCUGCACGGAUCAGCCGGCCCACAAGCAGGAGCUGGUGGACUUCUGGAUGGACUUUCUGGUGGAGGCGACCAAAAAAGAUGUCUCCUCUGUCCGAUUUCCUGUGUUGAUAUUAGAGCCCACUAAAGUGUACCAGCCUUCAUAUUUGUCCAUCAACAAAGACGUGGACGACAACACGGUGUCCAUCUGGCAUGUUGCUCCGGAAGAUAUGCACAAGGGGAUCCACGAGUGGAACUUCAGCGCCACAUCCGUACGAGGUGUCAGCAUUUCCAAGUUUGACGAGCGCAGCGCCUUCCUGUACGUGCUUCACAACGCAGAGGACUUCCAGAUCUAUUUCUGCACCGAGAUGCACUGUAAAAGAUUCUGCGAUCUGGUGAACAGCAUAACAGAGGAGGCCUGGAAAGGUCCAGAGGAGGGAGACUGUGACACGGACGCCUUAGAGUACGACUAUGAGUACGAUGAGCACGGAGAGAGGGUGGUUCUGGGUAAAGGCACAUUCGGAGUUGUGUACGCAGGACGAGACCUCAGCAACCAGGUCCGACUGGCCAUCAAAGAAAUCCCCGAGAGAGACAGCAGGUACUCUCAGCCCCUCCACGAGGAGAUCGCGCUGCACAAACACUUAAAGCACAAGAACAUCGUCCAGUACCUCGGCUCCAUCAGCGAGAACGGCUUCAUCAAGAUCUUCAUGGAGCAGGUGCCCGGAGGGAGUCUGUCUGCCCUGCUGAGGUCUAAGUGGGGUCCUCUGAAAAACAACGAGUCCACCAUCGGCUUCUACACACGGCAGAUACUGGAGGGACUCAAAUACCUGCACGACAACCAGAUAGCACACAGAGACAUCAAGGGAGACAACGUGCUCAUCAACACUUACAGCGGCGUCCUGAAGAUUUCAGAUUUCGGCACAUCCAAGAGGUUGGCAGGGAUCAACCCCUGCACAGAGACUUUCACAGGCACACUGCAGUACAUGGCUCCCGAAAUCAUAGAUAAGGGUCCUCGAGGUUACGGCAAACCGGCGGACAUCUGGUCUCUGGGCUGCACCAUCAUAGAGAUGGCCACUGGGAAACCUCCUUUCUACGAGCUGGGAGAGCCGCAGGCUGCUAUGUUCAAGGUGGGCAUGUUUAAGAUCCACCCAGAGAUCCCAGAGUCUAUGUCGCUGGAGGCCAAAGCUUUCAUCCUGCGCUGCUUUGAGCCCGACCCGGACCGGCGUGCCACGGCCUUCGACUUGCUCACCGACGAGUUCCUCACCGUCACCAGCCGCAAGAAGAAGAACAAGAGCAGCUUCCCAGCUCUGUCACCGGGGUCUGAGUACCUCCGCAGUAUCUCGCUGCCGGUGCCGGUGGUGGUGGAGGACACGAGCAGCAGCAGCGAAUACGGCUCUGUCUCCCCUGACAACGACCUCAACACCAACCCCUUCAUCUUCAAGCCCAGCGUGAAGUGCUACAGCGAGAGGGAUGUCAAGGGCCCGAGGUCCCUCUUCCUCAGCAUUCCAGUGGAGAAUUUCGAGGAUCACAGUGCUCCUCCGUCUCCCGAUGAGAAGGACUCUGGCUUCUUUAUGCUCCGGAAAGACAGCGAGAGACGAGCCACUCUGCAUCAGAUCCUGACCGAGGACCGGGACAAGGUGGUGGCCAACCUGAUGGAGGCCAUCGCACAGAGCUCUGAGGGAAUGAAGCUGAAGCCGCAGCACAUCUCCACCCUCGUGGUCAGUCUGGCAGACUUUGUUCGCAUGGCAGACAGGAAAAUAAUCGCCAGCACGUUGUCUCAACUCAAGCUGGAGCUGGACUUUGACAGCACGGCGAUCAGUCAGCUGCAGGUCGUGCUGUUUGGCUUCCAGGAUGCUGUAAACAAAGUGCUGCGAAACCACAACAUCAAGCCCCACUGGAUGUUCGCUCUGGACAACAUCAUCCGGAAAGCUGUGCAGACCGCCAUCACCAUCCUGGUGCCAGAGCUGAGGCCUCACUUCAGCCUGGCCUCGGAGAGCGACCCGGCCGAGCACGAGGACAUGGACGACGACAUGGAGCCGGUGAGGAACUCCACCCACCACAGCCGCACGCCGACCGUCGCCGCUCACGACGACACCGUGGUGACCUCCGGGGUCAGCACGCUCAGCUCCACUGUCUCACACGAGUCCCACAAUGCACAGCGAUCUGUGAGCAUGGAGCUGGGCCGCAUGAAGCUGGAGACCAACAGGCUGAUGGAGCAGCUGCUGGAGAAGGAGAGGGAGUAUCAGACCAUCCUGCAACAAGUGCUGGAGGAGAGAGAGCAGGAGAUCAGACUGCUGAGGCUGCGAUCUGACCCCCCCACAGACGUCCCCACAUUGUCAGGUGACCCCGACUCAGAUAGGAGUCUGCCUGCCAUGAGACAUGAAGACUCAGAGGUGACCAGCUGGCUGAGGCUCUACGGUGCCGACCAGGACUCCAUAGACAGAAUACUGACCGAGGAGUACACGAUGAACGACAUCCUACACGAAGUCACAAGAGAAGAUCUGAAGAGUUUGAGUCUGAGAGGCGGGAUCCUGUGUAAACUCUGGAAGGCCAUCACAGACUACAGGCAGAAGCCAACCUGAGGCCUUAAGUGUCGCGACCACCUUCAUCCCAAAAACUCAGUAUUCUCCUCUUUACCUCAGUAUUUAUAGGAGCAAGACUUUUAGGAGAAGAACCUGUGAUUGCCGUGUCCACAGAGCAGCUUUCCACUCGCACAAGAAACUCUUUAACCGGUCUCGGCGGAGUAUUUUGAUAAACAAGCAUUUGGGGAAUAAAGAUCACUUUGAAAGCAACAAUUACUAAGAAGUGCCAUAAAUUGUGCUUUGCCAGAUGGAAAACACAGCUUUUUGUUACUGGUGUGUUUAAAAUGACAACUCAAGAGAAAAUCUAAACUAUAAAAACAUUUUCUCCUGUCUUUACCAGAUGUAACGUUUACUAAAUUGGAGACUGACCGUUUUCUGAUACAAGCCUGAGAUACAAAAUACUACAUUCAAAAUCAUCUGGGCUAAUGUUUUUAUCAUAUUAUCACUACUUUAUUUAAAUGUAUUUUUAAUUGAAUUGUUUUGGUAAUCUGAAGGAUGUCAGUGCAUGCCCUUUUUCCAUACUGAGACUUUUUAUUUAAAUAUGUUUUCCUUAUUUUCUUUUUAUAAUACAAAUCUACAUUUUUAUUUUUCCCAAACAUGUAAAUAUUGUGUUAAAUAAUUAAAUGUUAACAACAUGUAUGUACUUUAAAACCACAUUAAUAUUAUGUGAAGUGUAAAUUGGACAGAGUAUAUUAUGAACACAUGUGAGAAAAUAAUUGUAUAGUAUUGUAUUUUUUAGUGUAGCGAAUCAUAGGAGACAACAUUCAGUUUGUAAGUAAUAGAACAUCAAAUCAUUUGCUCUUUAGUUUUAUUGUUGUACACUGACAAAAUUGUGUUUAUCUUGCUUGUGUAGAUAUGACCAUUCGUUAUGAACACAUCUGAAAUUCAUGCAGAAAGUUCAAACAGAGCUUCUUUUUUUUUAAAACAACUUGAUGUCAGAAAUGCGGAACAUGUGGAGCAGUGUGUCUGCUUUGUUUCAUAUCUAAAAUUAUUCAAGAUUUCUGUGUCAUAUUGUAAAAAAAUAAAACUUUUCAUCAUUGAAACUGUGAAAGAAACGUGUCAGAU